AUGGACGACUGGAUCUAUAAGGUUCUAGAUAAGAUGGGGUUCAUCUAUACCUUCACGGUCCUAUAUUCCCUAGAGAUGAACGGUCUAGGUAAAUGUUCUAGAGGAGUGCUCACGCUUCGAGCUCGAGCGCUUAUUAAAGAAGGUAAGUUACUGGAUAAGCUCUGGCCUAAAGCCAUCGCGAUAGUGUUCGUCGAUAAAUUAGAGCUGCCGAAGACGUUAUUAGCGAAUGUGUGUCUAUAUGGAUCUCUUAUAUAUUAUUGGAAUCCGACCAUUCCAUGA